AUGUCCCUCAUCACCGCUUUUCCAUUUCACGCGUAUGUCGGCGAUCUUAAAACACGCCGCGUGGUGCAAGAGAAGGUGGCCGUCUCUCUCUCGUUGCUCACGCCAGAGGACAUGGCCCGCAUGGCUUUUGUUGAGGUGCGCACACGAUGUGGGCAGGAGGACAAAACGGCCCCAUGGCGGCCGGUAUUGCGAAAUGGCGAGGAACACGCCACGUUUUACGACACGCGAAUGGGCAACUUUGACGUGCGCACAUUUCCGCCACACUCCUGUCAGACUUGCGCGGCGAGCCUUACAGGGAAGUACGGCAACGAGCGCUGCCAGGGGCACUUUGGUUUUAUCGGCAUGCCGCGGCUACACCCUGGCGACGCGUUGCGGGGCGAGGAGCGCAUGUCUGUGAUGAACCCGCACCUUGUGGAAGAAGCUGAACAGCUGCUGCAGGCGAAGUGCUUCUUCUGUCACCGGUUUCGUGCCCCGUCUCUCGAUGUGGAGCGAUUCCGUCAGGCGUUGCGGCUCGUUGAUCGCGGUCUUAUUGGCGAAGCGCUGCAUCUUUUAGAUGUCGUGAGCAACGCGAGGGGGUACGACACGCGACACCGGCGUCUGCAUACGGCAAAUGAGGAGGUUAUCAACGAUGUCACACUUCUGCAGGAACAUACGGAACGCAUUCUGAGUCGACAUGCACACACCUCUGCAGCGGCGGGUGAGGCGUCAGCAGAAGCAGAGCACGGGAUGAAGGGGGCGAUUGAUGUCCGUAACGGCAUAGCCCGACAAGCACUGCGCGAGUUGAAGGAGCACGUUGGCGUCUGCUCCCACUGUAAUGGUAUCUCUCCACGCAUUACAAAACGAAAUGGACACUUUUUCUUUUUCUUUAGAAAGAACAGCGCGUCGGUGAAUGUCGCGAACGCCCUUCUCACUCAGACGCAAUUGCAGGAGUGGGAAGAGAACAACAAGCUGCAUAAAAGAACUCAUACGUAUUUUCGUAAUCAAGACAUCCGUGAGCACCUGAAACAACUUUGCCAGCGCGAGGAACUCCUUCUUGGCAUGUUGUUUCCACACCUGGGUGAACCCUCCGUUAUCACACCACACACCACACCACUGCCUGCACGGGAUAUGUACAAGGCAUUCUUUAUAGACCGCAUUCUCGUCCCGCCAUUGCCGUUACGCAUUUCAUCCGGUGUGCAGGUACAAGAUGGCGGUGCCAUCUCCCCAGAUCCACAGACACGUGCUCUCUCUAGUGUCCUUGGAUUUGUGGAGCAAAUUGAGUGUUACCAGGUACUGCAGAACAACUCCACACCGGACCGAAACCUCCUCUCCACCGCGCAAGAAAUUGCAAAUGAGAUCAACCUACGUAACCUGCAGGUGAAGGUGAAUGAGGUGUACCAAGAAAUCAUGGGGACAUUUGCUAAGAAGGAGGGUUUGUUCCGUAUGAAUAUGAUGGGGAAGCGUGUGAAUCAGGCCUGUCGCUCCGUUAUCUCCCCAGAUUUAAUGGUGGAGCCGAACGAAGUCUUGCUGCCCCGACCAUUUGCCCGAAAUUUGUCUUUUCCUGAACAAGUGACAUUUUACGCCUCUGCCCGCAUGAAUCUUUUGAAGCGUUGCGUCAUCAACGGGCCGCGUCGCUACCCCGGUGCCACUCACCUUGAGAUUCGACAAACGAAUGGAGAAAUUCGGUUUAUUGAGCUUGACGUGCCUGAGCAAACACGGCGGCAACACGCUGCCAGGUACUUUGCCAUGGCGCAAAGUGGCGUCACACUGAUUGUGUACCGUCAUAUCUUGGAUGGCGACCGGGUGGUGUUUAACCGUCAACCGACAUUGCACAAGCCAAGUAUGAUGGGGUACCAAGUCAAGGUGCUUUCUGGACACAAGACACUUCGCUUUCACUACGUGAAUGGCAACUCCUUUAAUGCCGAUUUUGAUGGCGAUGAGAUGAAUAUUCACGUACCGCAGAGCUUGGAGGCGAAGGUGGAAUUAGACGUCCUGAUGGAUGCCAAUCUGAACUACCUCGUCCCUACCUCCGGGAAACCGAUUCGGGGACUUAUUCAGGAUCAUAUUGCGGCUGGUGUCCUGUUAACAUUGCGUGACAAGUUUCUUGAGCAUGCCACCUUUGUUCAACUUGCCUACUAUGGACUAGCACCCUACUUGCGCCAGCAACACGAAAUCACACUUUCCGAGCUUAUUCCUCUGCCGGCGAUCUUAUGGCCCCGGCCACUCUGGACAGGGAAACAGUUGAUUUCGGUCGUUAUUCGGUAUGUGAGUGGCGUGGGGCGCCGACCGGAUUGGAUGCGAAUUAACAGUGGAGGGGCUUCAUUGAGGGGAGUGUCACUGAUUCAUCCAGGGGUUUAUAAUCACACCAUCCCAGGGUCCGACGUCGUACAGACGGUGACGCGUCAAACGAUGGAUGAUGAUGCAUUGAUGUUUAUGAAUAGUGAACUAUUGAUGGGACUUAUGUGUAAAAAUCAACUCGGUGCAUCUAGCAUGUCAAUUGCCCACAUUGUACAUGAACUCUAUGGACCACAUAAGGUAGGACAAUUGUUUGGUGCCCUGGGACGUAUUCUUUCGCAAAGUCUGCAGCGCGAAGGGUUUUCAAUUGGUAUGGAUGAUAUGUGUUUGGUUCAGGAGGAACGUCGCUACCGACAGUUGCGUCAACUGGACGAGGCGCCGCUUUAUCUCCCCGAUGACGAGGCGGCGGUCAUGACGAAAAUUAUGGAAUACGCCACGAAACUACAGCAGGAGUUUAUACCGGGCCGUAUGAUGGUGCCAUUUCCCCGCAAUCACCUGCUCAUGAUGACCGCCUCAGGGGCAAAGGGAAGUAACGCGAAUGCGACGCAGAUGGCACUGGGACUCGGUCAACAGCUUUUUGAUGGACGACGCGUGAAACGAAUGAAUUCGGGAAAGACGCUGCCUGCCUUUUUUGCUCAUGAACGCCGUGCCCGUUCUUUUGGCUACGCGAUUGGACGCUUCACAUCCGGUAUCCGGCCACCAGAGUACACGAUCCAUGCCAUGGCCGGUCGCGAUGGUCUCAUCGAUACAGCUGUCAAAACUUCCCGCUCUGGCCAUUUGCAGCGUUGCCUUAUUAAAGGCCUUGAGAGUCUUGUGGUGCACUGGGACCACUCUGUUCGUGACUCAAACGGCAGCAUUGUGCAGUUUACAUACGGCGGCGAUGGUCUUGACCCGUGCAAGGCCUCAACCCUUACGUCGUGGGAAAUGUCGAAGGAAAACCUCGUGGAUUUCGGAAAACGAUUUGGAGUGGACACGGGUGAGGCGACCAGCGAGACGCGACGGCCAGAAAACUGGGAACAAGGAGUGAGGAACAACAGCGUGAAGCGCGGUAAACGGCCACGCACAAGCAUGAAUAACGAUAAGAAGAAUAAUACUAAUAAAAAUAAUGACAAGGACGAAGAAGAGGAGGAGAAAGAGGAAGAAGAGGAGGAUGGCGACGAUGAACAUAAAAGGAGUAGUAAUUGUAAUCACAAUGAGAAUGCACGCCAGCGGCACAAAGAGCAACAGUUACGUGAGAAUCCACUCCCGCGGCACAUGCAUGACGGACUUGAGGACUAUUUGCGCACCAAAGCAACAUUUCCACUCUUCCAGCGGGUCUCACAGUUGGCACGCUGGAAGGCGCAGGGACAAGUGCAGGAGAAACUUGCAGAGAAGCGUAGAGAAAGUAUUGCAUAUUAUCGUGAUGUUCUCUCGGAACUUGCCACAAGCCGACGUGUAAAGGCUUUCUGUGACCCCGGGGAACCUGUUGGUCUUCUUGCGGCACAGGCCGCCGGAGAGCCGUCUACGCAAAUGACACUUAACACAUUCCACAGUGCCGGUUCCACGGUGACCCACGUGACGGAAGGUAUCCCACGUCUCCGUGAGCUGCUUAUUCACGCCUCUGUUCAGAAAGCUGCAGUUAUUGUGCCCGUGGAGAAGGCGACGCCGGUGGAUGAGUCAGCCAUUGCACGCAUACUACAUGCGGGUGUGGCGAUACGGUUGCGGGAUUGUCUUGCGCGGGGCGGGGCAAGUGGAAAAGGAUAUCAUUAUCACGUGGCACGACGUAAGGAUGCGUCUGUGUUGACAAUUGCUUUGCUCUUUUCACAGUCGUACCUGGAUGAUAGCCGGGCGCGUAUGUGCAUGUCGCCGAGUGAACACCUUGAAUCCUUUACGGAUGCAUUGCGGCAAUUUGGAAAGCGCAUUAUUAAAGCGCUACGUGGUCGCACGCGGGAAGAAAGAAAUGUAGGUGAUGCCGCAGCGUUGAUCCUUAAUCAGCAUGACCCAAUGGACGCUGCUACUACUACUGCUGCUGCUGCUACGGAUGGCGAUGAUUACGACGACAGCGACCGCGGCUCUGGUGUCGACAAGGACGAUGCUCUCAGUGAUGGUGGCAGCGAGGACAGUAACAGCGCAACCGUUGGUGGUGUGUCACCCGCCCUCCGCAGCCAACGCAGUGUCAACGAUGUGCCAGACGCAUCCGAGGAUGACAAUGAAGAUGAGGACGACGAUAAUGCGGAAGAAGAAGAGGAGGGAGAGAAGGCUGCGCGAUUGUUACGUGGCCAAAAUGGCCGGAGGCAUAGUGAAAAUGAGGACGAGGACGACCAAUGUGACGACGAAAAUAAGGGUGACAGUAUAAAAGGGACUGUAGCCCCGCAGGAGGCGGUCAGCUACGAUGGAUUCGCACCCCUGCAUGCUACAUCCGGUAGCAAAGAGUUUAUCCUUGAUGUGGCUCCGUUGAGUAAACUUGCCGCUGAGCGUGAUGGUGUCGCCGCUCUUCCCGACGGCCUUUUUUUUGUGAAUGUUGUUGUGUGCAUGCCUCCGGAUAUCAUUGCCGUCAUACCCGACGUCGUGGACGGUGCGCUGGAGCAGCAAACGCUGCCUUCGUGGCUGCCACAGUUCGAUUCUGUGAACUUCACACGAAAUGCCGAUGACGCGACGAGUGGCGAACUUCUUUUUCAGGGCGCCAACGCGACGAUGCGUCAUGUCUUGUCGUUUCUUUCUCUUUUUACUUUGGGAACGCGGGCGAUUAAAUUACGGCAGGCCCGCUCCACAGACAUUCGUGACAUGGCGAACUGGUUUGGUGUCGAGUCGGCAUACCGCACCCUUUACGACGAGCUGUUCAAAUUAUUCAAGCGGUACUCCGUUGACCAUCGCCAUCUGACGCUCAUCGCUGACGCUGCCACGCAUCGCGGUACAUGGGAGAACUUCAACUUUACAGGCGUCAUUUCACAGAGUGCGAGUCCGCUCUUCCAGAUGACAUUUGCGUCGUCAAAGCGGUGGCUGCACACGGCUGUGAGUCGGGGACUGAGCGAUGAGUUGCAGUCGAUCAGCUCCGCCAUUAUGGUGGGCGAGCGGCCAAAGGUGGGAACGGCGUGUGUGAAGUUGGCACCAGACGCCGCGGUUCUACGUGAUGUGUUGGAGCACACUUUUGAAUAG